UGUUCUCCCUGCUCAGCGUCCCAGGGCCAGGACAGGUUCAGAAGAGAGCCCGGGGGUGGACAGCUCUGAGCUCAACCCUUGACUCUGAAAGCCCACCUUCUGCUCCGCCUCACCCUCACCUCACCUCCUGUCAACAUCACAGCUCAAGGCUUGGUCCCAGGAGUCGGGAUCCCAGGUGAAGGAAGACUCUGAGGAGCACGGAACAGUGAGUGCCCGCGCAUCCCGCCCACCCACCCAUCCUCCCAUCCCUCCCCUUCACUCCCCUGACUGCCUCCGGCCCCACCCCAGCAGCCCCGGUAACCUGACCUCUUCCAGUGUUUCCCAGCCCCCUCUGGGCCCCUCCUUCCUCCGGCUUUUCCCACCACUCCCUUUCCCCUCCCUUCUCCCAACACCACCUAUGGGCAGAUGCGCUGGGGUUUACAAAACUGGGUUCUACAGGCUGAAUAGGAGUUCACCAGGUGAAGAGCAAUGAUCCCAGUGGGAGCCCUGCAUUGAGAGAUAGUAGGGGCCAAGGGAGACCCCCUGCCUGCCUGACCACCGUGAGCACCCAACAUCCACCCCCUCCCCCAUGAACAGCCCCAAGGCCCCCCCACACACCCAGCCGGCAGUAAUGGCCAGUGAAGCCCAGAGGCAACUGGCCUGGUACUUGGAGGAAAUGAAGAAGGAGGAGCUGAAGGAGUUCCAGCUUCGGCUGUCUGAUCAGAAGCCCUGCGGGCACCCUCCUGGAGAAGCCCUGACUCAGCCAGAGAAUGCGGGUGGUGUGGAGGUGGCCUCUCGCCUGGUGGCUCAGUACGGGGAGCAGCAGGCUUGGGACCUGGCACUCCGCACCUGGGAGCAGAUGGGUCUGAGCAGGCUGUGUGCCCAGGCCCGCCUAGAGGCAGCCUUGAUGUCAGCCCAGUCUCCCUCGUUUCUCUACUCCCCGAGUGCACCCAACCUGCAGUCCCCCAGCUGGCCCACCUCCACUGAGGUGCUGAAGUUCUGCAACUCGGAGCCCCCAAUGCCCCUCCACAACUCAGAGAAAAGGGAUUUGAGACACCUACCAUCUGGCACAUCUGGGUCCAUCCGGAAAGAUCUUCUAAACUCCCUAGACUAUGAGUCACCAAGUAAGGAAUUACCCAAUGCCCCCGUAUCGACAGCAGUGCUGAGUGGUUGGGAACCCCCAGUUCAGCCCAGCCCAGAGCCCAGAAAGCAGGAAACUCCUGGGACUGUGUGGCCAUUGGCUGAAACACCUGAAACACCUGAAAACAGCUGCACAGGAAUCAGAGAGAGAUACCAGAACCAAAGGAGAGAGAGGCCUUGCCCUACACAGUCAUGGAAAAAUGAAGAUUUGCACCCAAAGUUCAUGCAGUUGCUACUUCUACACAGAUCUCACCCCAGGGGCCAUGAGCCCCUGGUCAGAGGAAGCUGGCAUCACGGGGUGAUAGAGGAGCGAGGACGUUUGAUUGAGGUCAGAGACUUAUUUGGCCCAGACCCGGGCACUCGAGACAAGCCUCACACAGUCAUACUGUAUGGGGAUGCUGGAAUCGGAAAGUCAACCCUGGCCAGGCAGGUGAGAGGAGCCUGGGAGGAGGGCCAGCUGUACAGGGACCACUUCCAGCAUGUCUUCUACUUCAGCUGCAGAGAGCUGGCCCAGUCCAAGGUGAUGAGUCUCGCUGAACUCCUCACAAAAGACUGGGCGGGCCCCGUGGCUCCCAUCGGACAGAUCCUAUCUGAGCCGGAGCAGCUGCUCUUCAUCCUCAAUGAUUUAGAUGAACCGAACUGGGUCUUGGAGGAGCAGAGGGCUGAGCUCUGUCUGCACUGGAGCCAGCGGCAGCCAGUGCACACGCUACUGGGCAGUUUGCUGGAGAAGACCGUACUUCCCGAGGCAUCCUUGCUGAUCACAGCUCGGACCACAGCUCUGCAGAAGUUCAUCCCAUCUUUGAAGCAGCCACGCUGGGUGGAGGUCCUGGGGUUCUCUGAGUCUUCUAGGAAGGAAUAUUUCUACAAAUAUUUCACAGACGAAAGCCAAGCAGUUAGAGCCUUUAGCUUGGUUGCAUCAAGCCAAGCCCUGUCGACCAUGUGCCUCGUGCCCUCUGUGUCCUGGCUGGUGUGCACUUGCCUGCAGCAGCAGAUGGAGUCGGGGGAAGAGCUCUCGCUGACGUCACAGACGACCACGGCCCUCUAUCUGCGCUACCUUUCCCAGGCUCUCCCGGAUCAGCCCCUUGGACCUCAGCUACGGGGCCUCUGCUCUCUAGCCGCUGAGGGGACUUGGCAAGGAAAGACCCUGUUCAGUCCAGGAGACCUCAGGAAGCACGGGUUAGAUGGGGCCAUCAUCUCCACUCUCUUAAAGAUGCGUGUUCUUCAAAAGCACCCCACCUCCCUGAGCUACAGCUUCAUGCACCUGUGUUUCCAGGAGUUCUUUGCAGCAGUGUCCUGUGCACUGGGGGAUAAGGAGGAGAAAGGUGAAUAUCCUGACAGCCCUGGCAGCGUGGAAAAGUUACCAGAAGUGUAUGGGAGACGAGACCUGUUUGGGGCACCGAUCGUGCGUUUCCUGUUUGGCCUCCUGAGUGAGCCGGGGGUGAGGGCGAUGGAGAGCGUCUUCAGCUGCACGCUGCCUCCGGAGAGGAGGGGGGACUUGCUCUCGUGGGCCAAGUCGGAAGUUCGGCGGGAGCGCUCCUCCCUGCAGCCGGACUCCCUGCAGUUGCUUCACUGUCUGUACGAGAUUCAGGACGAGGAGUUCCUGAUGCGAGCGAUGGCCCACUUCCAAGGAUCGAGGAUGUGUGUCCAAACCGGCGUGGAGCUCCUGGUGUUCACUUUCUGCAUUAAGUUCUGCUGCCACGUGAAGAGGCUUCAGCUGAAUGAGGGCGGGCAGCGUGGACAAGCGUGGAGGCCCCCCGGAGUGGUGCUGCUGAGCUGGGUCCCAGUCACAGAUGUCUGCUGGCAGGUUCUCUUCUCCGUUCUCCAGGUCACUGGAAGCCUGAAGGAGCUGGACCUGAGCGGGAACCUCUUGAGCCACUCUGCAGUGCAGGGUCUUUGUGAGGCCCUGAGAUGCCCUAGCUGCCACCUAGAGACGCUGCGGUUGGCCAACUGCGGCCUCACAGCUGAAGGCUGCAAGGACCUUGCCUCUGGGCUGAGCGCCAGCCAGACCCUGACGGAGCUGGAACUGAGCUUCAACGUGCUGCUGGACGCUGGGGCUGCGCACCUGUGCCAGCGCCUGGGACAGCCAGGCUGCGGGCUGCGGCGGCUGCUGCUGGUCAGCUGCAGCCUCACGUCCGGCUGCUGCCAGGACCUGGCCUCCAUGCUCGGUGCCAGCCCCAGCCUGACAGAGCUGGACUUGCAGCAGAACGACCUGGACGACCUCGGCGUGAGGCUGCUCUGUGAGGGGCUCAGGCAGCCUACCUGCCGACUCACACUCCUGUGGCUGGACCAGACCCAGCUGAGUGAGGAGGUGACAGAGAUGCUGAGGGCCCUGAAGGAGGAGAAGCCUCAGCUGCUCAUCUCCAGGAGACGGAAGCCAAGUCUGCUGAUCCCUAAUGAGGGCCCAGGUGGCGGAGAGAUGGGUGACAACACGUCCUCACUCAAGCGGCAGAGACAAGAAUCAGAGGGAAGCUCCCCUCAAGUAGCACAGGUGGGACCCUUCUGUGUGUCUGCUCCUGCCCCUCCUGGGGACCUGCACACGGCGUCUCUGGGGACUGAAGAUGACUUCUGGGGCCCCACAGGGCCUGUGGCUACCGAGAUGGUUGACAAAGAGAGGAGCCUGUACCGAGUCCACUUCCCCAUGGCCGGCUUCUACCACUGGCCCAGCACGGGUCUCCGCUUCGUGGUGAGAGGGCCAGUGACCGUUGAAAUUGAAUUCUGUGCCUGGGACCAGUUCCUGAACAGGACUGUCCCACCACACGGCUGGAUGGUUGCGGGGCCUCUGUUUGACAUCAAGGCUGAGCCAGGAGCCGUGGCAGCUCUGUACCUCCCUCACUUUGUGGCCCUCCAAGAGACAAUGAGAGGGGGGUGGCCCUGUGGCCUGAUCCCAUGGCCCUGCCCUCCCUGCUGAGUGUGUCAUCAGCACCUUCCAGGCUCAGGUGAGUUGCUGAAGCAUAGAGCAACUUUCCCCGCUCAGGGAGGGACACUGGACCCCCUCCGUGUAAGGUGGAAGUACAGAGAGCUGUCUGGCACAGUGGCUACCUGUAUGGGCUGCCAGAGUUUGGCUCCCAGCGAAAGAACUUGCUUCCCAACUCGGAGAGCCUGAACAAGUUACUUAACUUCUUGGUGCAUCAUGUGACAAGGGGCGCUAAUAACAGCGCCCCGCUCCGUGUUGUGAGGACAUCCUAGCCACGCCCUGGUCAGUCUGGGAAAUGGGACUGGCCCAAGGAAGAGGUCCCCCUCCAAGUGCGCAGGAGUCCAGCCUAAGCCUGCUGGGCCGAAGACCAAAUCUGGACAGGAGUGAAUUCACCAAACUGGUGGCCCUGGCGGAGGGCUGCUGGGACGUGGCUAAUGAUAACUGUGAACGAUGAUCAGCCGUCUGUGCCUGAUAGCAGGCAAGGCAGUUCCAUUUACAUUCACAUCAUCUCGAUUUUCACAACGACCUGGCGAGGCAGCUGCUAUGGUUUUCCCCUGAUGCACCAGUGAGAAAACUGAAGCUCAGAGAUGUGAAGAUGCUUGACCAGAGCUGGGAAUCCUAACCCAGGUCCUAUUAACCCCAGGAUGAGAGCCAAACCCACACGCCCCCCAGGCCUGCCCAAGCCCACAUCCCACCAGCCUUCUCUAGACCACUUCCUGGACUUCACACUGCGGCUGGACAGAACUUGUUCCCUUUGGAUUCCGAAUUCAGAGCUAGAGGCAAAAUACACAAAGGCUGCUUGUGGCUCCAGGUGCCCAGGCCCCGCCAGGAAACCAGGGCCCUUCCCGGAAUGCCUGCCGCCUGCUCUCUGCACUGCAGCUGUUUCUUGUCCUGGCCGCAGUGACCUCACUGCCUAAUGCGGGCCUGAUUUAGGACUCUGGUGCUGGCUGUUUCUUCUUCAUCACUGGGGAGGUCCUACGUCAAGUAACUUCCCAUGGUGGGUUUUCUCCCACUAUUACCUGAAAACUGGGUUUGCCUCUUGGUGGGUGUGGAGCCAAAAGACACAACCCAGCCGAAGACAGGGAGAAGAAAGAAUUUAUUACUUGCAACAGGUAAGGAGAACACAGGGGAUCUUUCUCAAAGCAGUGUCUCGCCAAACAGCAAAACUGGGGAAGCUUUAAGCUAAGGGUUCAUGCAUAUUCAUGAAGGAGCUUUAGUUGAUUGAAUUCCCCAGGGUCAGAAAAGGUCGCCACCAUCAUCCCUUUGGUUUCAGCGCCUGCGGGGUUUAAAUUCUGCAGAACAGCUCAAGAAAGCGCUGCAGGCUAGUCUUCACCACUGAAACAGAACUGAGAGUCUGUACAACUCAUUUGUUACCUUUGCUAUUGUUACUUCCCUGGCAUGGUAACAGUGCUUUUGCUCCCUUGAGAUCAUUACUACUGAGACUUGUUCAAAGACAAGCUUUGUGGCCAGGCUUAGAUCACAAAACGGCUUAAGCCAAGAAUGGCUUCUCUUAUGUCAAGAAAGCCAUGCCUCGUUCUCUUUCUCCAGGGACACCCCCCCCAUCUGCUUACACUCCCUCUCCCCCGCUACCCAUCCCAGGAAUGCACUUGCCCUAGAUGGCUAGGAACCACACAUGCUUCGAAAUUGUUGCUUCUCUGGAACAACAGUUCACUGAGCACUUUUGUUUAAUAAAGGGCUGUGUGGCUGUGGGCCCCAGACCCUGACACAGAAACACUCCUACUGUAAGCAGGUAGGGUCAGGGGUCCCUGGAGAAAGAGAACCACACCAGCAUGGGUAAACGUGGGGUCAGGAACUUUCCUGGCUCCAGGACCAGAGGCUGGGCUCCUGUAUGGGUUUGGCUGCAGGCGUUCCUGCAAUGUUCACACCCUAGAGACAGGAUUGCCCGCAGCCACGAAAGGCCCCAGCCCCAGCCACGCUGCCUUCCCUGGCUGGGUCCCCCAGGAAGGCCACUGAGCCUGCACCCGGGACCUCCCUCCCCUAGCCGAGCCUCACUCCUUGAGGGCACUAAGUCCUUGCCUCUCA